AAAGGUAUUUAUUAAAUCUCUAAAUUUAGAAAAUUACCCAGAGUUAGAAGCAUGUGGUAUCAGAUUCUUAUGCAAAUUCCCCUUUAAUAAUCCUAAUGCAAGCAACCCUCCAAUCAGAAGAAUGCUGUCCCAUCCCUGAUACCUGAUGCCAGCUUUCUGGUAAUGUAGGCCACUGAAGCAAAUCCAGAGAGAUUGAGUUGGAAGACGGAGGAGCAUCUGAGAUUCAUUUGGUUACUGUGCUACCUCGCUAUCUCUCUCUCUCUCUCCCCCUCUCCCUCCCUCUCUCUCUAGUUGUUGCUUCCACCCAGGAAGAAUUUCAAAAUGGGUUUUAGCUGAGACAUUCCCAGCUGUGUCAAGAGUAAGGAGAAGGGGCACCGUUUAAGAGAGACCAAAAAGCAAGGACCUAAACUGAAGCGGAACAACAAGGAACAUUCAUGAAAGCAUGAGGUGGCUCUUAGACAGCAGCUGGAAGAAAUUUGGACACGCUGACAGAGGAAACUAUGACUGGUUAACUAGUGAGCCAGGUGUCCCAUUGCUGGAAACACAGCUACAGAGUCAGCACAAAACAAGCUCAACCAAAGAAGAUAUUGAACCGUUCUUAUGCAUCAUCCUGCCGGCAACCAUGAUGCUCUUUCUGGCAUUCCUGUUGCUCUUCCUUUACAGACGCUGCCGACGCCGCAACCCUCAGGCUCAGAUCUUCAGCAUUGACCUCCCAGAGUCCCUUCCAGAGCAUGAAGUGACUGACUUUCUCUCAGUGCUGCCCUGGAGCAGUGAGCAGAGUUUUCAUUAUUCCACUCUCCUCCCUGAAACUGCCUUUCUCACUGUAUGCUUGCCUCCGUCAUACGAGGAGGCUACCAUGAAAACCUCAAUGGAAGAGGACCACAUCCAGCUCUUUCAAGAUCCAGUGCCUCCUUACGAAGAGACAAAACAGCAGUAAAACCUAUGGAAAUACCUGUCGCUGCAGCUCUUGUGGUUUAAAAGAAGGGGAGGGAAACUCCAAACAAGGGAAUAGCUACAAUCACAAAGGAAUUUGACUGGUUAAUAUGCUUAAUUAUGCCAU